GUACGGUGAUGGGCACGCCCGUCAGUUGACGGGCACGGAGGGGUCGGCUAUGGCGACAGCAAGCAUUGGAUGGAGGUGGACGGGUAACUUAACUCACAGAGAGUGAGAGCGUGAGUGGGCUUGGGCCGGAGAAAUGGCGCUCUCUUCGCCGGGCAGUAACAAGCUGGGAGCUGCUCGUGUCUUGGUGGUGGUGCUCUUUGUGCUAAUAUCGAGAUGUGGCGCCACCGGAGGAGGAGGAGACAAUGAUGUAUCUCACGAUGACGAGGAUGCACCCAAGCAUCUGGGCUGUGACAACAACUUCGAAUUGGUGAAGGUGAGGAAUUGGAUUGACGCGGUGGAAUCCAAGGAGUAUGUGGGGAUCAGUGCCAGGUUUGGAGCUUCCUUCAAGACGCUGGGGCGUGAAGAACACUUCCUGCCCCUGGCUCUGCUGGAUUCACCGGAUGGCUGUGUCAACACGUCUCAGCGGCUGGAAGGCGCUGCUCUGGUCCAGAGGGGUGGCUGCUCCUUCACCACCAAGGCUCGAGUUGCCCAGUCUGCCGGCGCUGUGGCCUUGCUCGUCUUCAACGACAGGGAAGAGCUCUACAAGAUGGUGUGCUACGACAAUGACACAUCCUUGGACAUCAAAAUCCCCACAGCCAUUUUGCCCAUGUCUGCAGGCAACAGCCUCCAGAGUGCAUUGGAGGCCAACAAGAAAGUCAGGGUGAUUAUGGAUUCGCCUGGAAGGCCCCUGGUGGAUGUUGCCGAAGUAUGCCUGUGGCUCAUCGCCAUGGGCACUAUCCUCUGUGCGUCAUUCUGGUCUGCCUGGGAGGCAAAAGAGGCUGCUCACGAGCGCUGUAAACGGCUAAAGGACGCUCCAGACGCUCCGCUUACUCACACCUCCACGGUGGCCGCGACUCCAGCCGGCAAUGGUCUCUAUGUCACCGUUACGUCGGCAGUCCUGUUUGCGGUUUUUGCUUCGGUGUUCCUCAUCCUCGUCUACUUUUUUAUGUCCAAAUGGUUCUUAACGCUUCUGGUCGUCAUCUUCUGUUUUGGUGGAGUAGAGGGGCUACAAACUUGCUUGGUCGCUUUCCUUUCGAGGUGGUUUACGCAUACAAGCCGAAAGUUUGUGGUCCUUCCCGUCUUUGGUAGCGUCUCAGUUCUCUCAAUGCUUGUGUCACCAUUCUGCAUCACCUUCGCUGUCCUGUGGGCCGUGUACCGGCAUGUAAACUUUGCGUGGAUUGCUCAAGAUAUACUAGGCAUUGCUCUCAUUGUCACUGUUCUCCAGAUUGUGCACCUUCCAAAUAUAAAGGUGUCGGCAGUCCUUCUGGGAUGCGCUUUCUUCUACGACAUAUUCUGGAUUUUUAUCUCCCCAUUCAUUUUCAAACAAAGUGUUAUGAUAGUGGUUGCACGGGGUGACAAAACCGCUGGAGAAGGCAUACCAAUGGUCCUUAAAGUACCUCUGAUUUACGACCCCUGGGGAGGAUACAGUAUCAUAGGCUUUGGUGAUAUACUACUUCCAGGGCUUUUAAUAUCCUUUGCUCUGAGGUUCGACACAGUGACUAGAAAAAGCUUGCGAGAUGGUUACUUUUUGUGGUCGAUAAUAGGCUAUGGCCUGGGUUUGUUUCUUACGGACGUUGCAUUGAACGUGAUGCAUGGGCAUGGACAACCUGCCCUCCUCUACAUCGUACCUUGCACUCUGGGAACAAUCGUUGCUCUAGGGUGGCGAAGAGGCGAGCUGGGAUCCUUGUGGUCCAAGGGAGACAGCCUUGAGAUGCAGCUGGAAGACGAUUGCACAGAAGCAUAAACUUAGUGUUGCACUCUUACUGCACUUUAUAGUAAGUGCCCGACUUGACAUGCUGGAGCUUGCCAUCAGCCCCAUACUUCCAGGAGAUCAUCCUCACCUCGUCACCACUCAUAACCCAGCUCACCCCAAAAGCAUGCUCCUUACCAAUGGCUGGCUUGGCCGGAGCGAAUGCUGUGAAAUUGUAAGGCAUGUGAACAAGAGCGUACUCGUUGUCUAGGCC